AUGGCGCAGUCUCGGGCCAAGGAGACGUCCCUAGAGAACGUCGGCACUAUCAAUAUCUCCACUGCCGCUAUCCGCCGUAUGGAUGAUUCUGCUCCCGCCAUUGCAGGUGUUAUCAGCUAUCCAGAUACCCAAAACCUCUACCGUCUGAUCAGCCCCGAGUGCACGGAUACCCGGGACAUCAUCAUCGACUUCUACCGAGAUCGUGACAACAAGUUUAGGUUGAUCAUGUGA